AUGUCAAUUGCUGCAGUAGCCCCAGUAAGAGCAACUCCAAUGCAAUGCUAUACUUGCAAUAGCAAUAGAUAUAUAGCAUCUAGCAUUGGACUUGCUCUAAGCAACAAUGGAGUCUCAACGACGACGUUUCAUGAUCUCCCUGAAGAAACCACCGCUGAAAUCUUCUCAAGACUCUCUGUAAAAGACCUAAUCAAAUCAAGCUCAGUGAACAAAGCAUGGUACUCUCUUAUCAACAACCCAUCUUUUAUUUCCUCUCAAAUUCGGAAAGCUGUUAACUUUUGUGAUGAUAAUGCUGUGCUUAUAAUCCCCCCUUUUAUCUCUCACCAAAAUUACUGCUCUUUAAUCUCUGCUGAUACUUCUCGAGUUAUCGAAAAAUUCGACAUUCCCUUUGUUACCAAGAGUGGCAGUUUGAAGCUGAUUGCGCAAGUAGAUGGGAUGCUUUUGUUAACUGAUUUGCAUAUUGAUUAUGCUUCUAGGGAGUUGUAUUUGUGGAACUCUUUUGUUAGGAGACACAGGGUUCUUGUUUCGAGUUGUUUUAAGAGGCUUUUGGAUGAUAGGGAUAAGAGUUAUUAUGUGGUCGGGAUGGGGUAUGAUAAGGGUACGGAUGAUUAUAAGGUUAUUAGGAUUGUUUACGUUCAGGAUGGAAAGGGGAAGCAGUUUGGAGAGGUGGCUCCGAAGGUUGAGGUUUAUAGUUUGAGGAAGAACACGUGGAAGAAGAUGGGGGAUUCUCGGGUUCCGAGGCUUGUUAAUGAAAUGGGGGCUUAUAUUGAUGGUAGGUACUACUGGGUAGAGAUGAAACAACCCGGAACUGAGGAAUUUAAUAAGUUGAAGGGGAAUGAGUUGAAGAUUAUGUCAUAUGAUUUUGAGACGCAGUUGUUUGGGGAAUUUAAUGUGCCAAAUCGUGUUCCCCGUCUAUUUGGAGUUAUUGCCCCGUUUAAGCUCAUGGGUUUUGAAGGUUCACUCGCUCUUUGUAGUUUGGACCCAGAUUGCUACAAUCUAGUGCCUCCCAAGUAUCCUUUUCCUAUAUGGUUGAGGAGGCAACGAAAAGGUGUAGGCUCUUGGGUUCUACUUGCUACAGCUGUACUCAAACAAUAUGGGCAUCCUUUGAAUAUUACAAAGACUGGAACUCUUAUAGUAGAGUCAUUCCAAUCGCAGCGUCCUGAUGAAACGCACAUAGUCUCUAUUAAUUUUAAGAGCAGGAUUUCUAAGGAUCAUGGAUAUGGUAAGCACGGGGGUCCAGAUGUUUCCCGUGAAGUCCUUGCUCCAUCUACUGUAGACACCUCGUUUCCACAGAGUCUAAUCAUGUACGAGGGAGGCAAAUCACUGUUGAAAUAUGCAAAGUGAGGAAUUGUCAGUCUACUGCUGUUUGAAGAGGUAAUGAAUCAGCCCGACCCCAGCACAGAUCUCCGGAAAUCAUGUACUAAGGCCAAGCAUGAGGUCAGUCGUGGUUGCCCUUAUGACACUCAUAUCCAGAAAUAGGGACUGGGAUGCCAGUUGAUCAGAGAAAAACCGAGAUCUUGUUACCUGAUGUCUUGAGUAUAGCUUAUGACUGGAGUCGUCGUGUUUCCAUUGCUGUUUAAAUGUAUUUCUAUUAGCUUACAAGAAGUAUGCAUAUUUACAAGAAGUAUGCAUAUCUGCCGCUGGGAAUGCUGCUUUCGGUAUAUACAACAAUACUAAACUGUCAUAAACAGAGGCCUUUCCCUGUGAUUUGUGACAGUUCCAGACUUGUAGUACUAAGUGACAGUCAUUGAUCAGUAGACGACGUUCUUUUA